GCGGAGGACAUGGCGCGGGGCCGGCGCGGGCCCGGCUGAGCCGCCGCUGCCCGCUGCCCGCGGGGCCGGCGGAGCGGGCGGCCCGGGGCGCUGCCCCGGCGCGGCCGCCGCCCCCAUGAGUGACUGAGGAGCCGCCGCGGCGGCCGUCGAUGCCUCGCCGGGGAGCCGGGUGCCUGCGCCAUGAACCCCGAGAUGGCGAUGGAGCCGCUGGGCAGCCUGCACGGGGCGGCGGGCCAUGAGCCGGAGCUGAUGGGCAGCCCCAGCCCCCACCACGGCGGGCGCGGCGCCGGGCCGCUCCGGGUGCCCCCGCCGCACCAGGAGCUGGCCCCCGCCGCCGCCCGGCCGGCCAUGGUGUCCAGCAUGGCCUCGCUGCUGGACGGCGCCGCCGAGUACCGGCCCGAGCUCUCCAUCCCGCUGCACCACGCCAUGAGCAUGCCCUGCGAGUCCUCGCCGCCCGGCAUGGGCAUGAGCAGCACCUACACCACCCUGACGCCACUCCAGCCCCUGCCGCCCAUCUCCACCGUCUCCGACAAGUUCCACCACCCGCACGCCCACCCGCACGCCCACCACCACCACCAGCGCCUCUCGGGCAACGUCAGCGGCAGCUUCGCCCUCAUGCGGGACGAGCGCGGGCUGCCCGCCGUCAACAACCUCUACGGGCCCUACAAGGAGAUGCCGGGCAUGGGGCAGAGCCUCUCGCCGCUGGGCAACGGGCUGGGUCCCCUCCACAACGCCCAGCAGGGCCUCCACGGCUACGGGCCGCCCGGCCACGACAAGAUGCUGAGCCCCAACUUCGACGCCCACGCGGCCAUGCUGGCCCGGGGGGAGCAGCACCUGUCCCGGGGGCUGGGGACGCCCCCCGCCAUGAUGCCCCAUCUGAACGGCAUGCACCACCCCGCGCACCCGGGCCACCCGCCGCCCCACGGGCCCGCCCUGCCCGCCGGCCGGGAGCGGCCGCCCUCCUCCUCCUCCGGCUCGCAGGUGAGCAGCUCGGGGCAGCUGGAGGAGAUCAACACCAAAGAAGUGGCACAAAGGAUCACGGCGGAGCUGAAGCGCUACAGCAUCCCGCAGGCCAUCUUCGCCCAGCGGGUGCUGUGUCGCUCUCAGGGGACCCUCUCGGACUUGCUGCGCAACCCUAAGCCUUGGAGUAAACUCAAGUCUGGCCGGGAGACCUUCCGGAGGAUGUGGAAGUGGCUGCAGGAGCCGGAGUUCCAGAGGAUGUCGGCCCUGCGGCUGGCAGCCUGCAAACGCAAAGAGCAAGAGCCGAACAAAGAGCGGAACAACUCGCAGAAGAAAUCGCGCCUGGUUUUCACGGACCUCCAGCGCAGAACGCUUUUUGCCAUCUUCAAGGAGAACAAGCGUCCCUCCAAGGAAAUGCAGAUCACCAUCUCCCAGCAGCUGGGCCUGGAGCUCACCACCGUCAGCAACUUCUUCAUGAACGCCCGCCGGCGCAGCCUGGAGAAGUGGCAGGACGACCUGAGCUCCGGGGGCUCCUCCUCGGCCCCCAGCACCUGCACCAAAGCCUGACGGGGCGGCCAGCACGGCGUGGUGCGGCGUGGCACAGCGCGGUGUGGCACGGCACGGCACCAUGCGGUGUGGCACUGCACGGCGUGGUGCAGUGUGGCACAGCACGGUGUGGCACUGCACGGCGUGGUGCAGUGUGGCACAGCACGGUGUGGCACUGCACGGCACCACGCAGCGUGGCACAGCACGGUGUGGCACUGCACGGCACCAUGCAGUGUGGCACAGCACAGUGUGGCACUGCACGGCGUGGUGCAGUGUGGCACAGCGCGGUGUGGCACUGCACGGCACCAUGCAGUGUGGCACAGCACAGUGUGGCACUGCACGGCGUGGUGCAGCGUGGCACAGCGCGGUGUGGCACAGCGUGGCGUGGCACGGCACGGCGCAGCAGAGAGAGCAGCUGCGUGGCGGGUCCCUGCACCGGUGACUUAAAGCACAAUCCUCCUGGACAGCAAGCCCAGCCCAGCUGUGACAGGGGACACCCGCACGGCUCCCGGGCACUCUCAGCAGGCGCAAGUGGAAAAUUAACCUCUUUCUAUACAAUACUAUGCUCAGGACAGGUCUGAAACGUCGGGAGUCGUUGGUGAGGCAAGUUUCUCCUGACCCAAAGAGCCCGGCCGGCGGGGCGGCCGCUGCACGGCCACGCGAGAACGGAGCACAAAGUCUGACACGUAGACGCUAAAGAACCCAAGAACCCACAUUGAAAACUCAGGCAUGGUUUUGUUAAGUGUUACAAGCAAAAGAAAAAGGCCAAGUUUAUUUCUUUUUUAUUCAGUUUGAUUACUUUAGUCAGCGAGUACAGUUUGACCUGGGGUCAGAAGCCUUCGGUUCGCCGGAGCUCAGAGUACCAAGCACAAGGGCAGCAGCCGCAGCAGUCGGUGGGGUCGGCCUGGUGGCGCUGGGCAGGGACGCCCGCGACACGCCAGCCCAAGCACAGCUGCAGUUUGCCACAAGCUCUGUGUCUGCACCCGGUGCAGGCGCGCACUCAGGAGGCCAGUUUAACUGCCACAGUACGUGGAGCAAACACAACGUUUGGGAAGAUUUUUUUAGGUCAUUAACGUGGCCGUUUUAGUUACCAGGUAUGCAGUUUCUUCUCAGCAAUGUCCUUAUUACUGAAACUUGUUUGGUGCAUUUUUGUUUUUGGUUUUUUUUUGGUAUUUUAUGGUACUUUCAAGCAGGAAAAAACCCAGAAACAAGCCCUACAGAUGCUACUGACCAUUUCAGAUGUGCCGCAGGUGACUUCAGUCCGCCAUGCAGCCCUAUGGCAUCCCUCAGUUCCUUCAGCCCCCGUUGCCCCAGCUGGCGGGAGCUCAGCACACCAAAGAGACAGGAUUUCUGCAAGCCAAAGAUGUUUAUAACUCGCCAUUCUCUGUUGGUCGCCAGUGCGGGUUUGGCGAUGGGCGGCCUCACGAGCCCCGCGCUCCCCCCCGCGGCCGCGCGACGUGUCGCCCGUCGGUGCCACCGGCGCGGCCGCGGCUGCUCCGCGCGUCCCGGCAGCGAGCCGAGCGCCGCCGCGGCUCUAGAGACACUUGAGACUUUUUAUAUGUACUGCUUAAUCGAAACCAAAGAAACGAUUUCUGCACCUACUUCUUCUGCAACAAACUGUUCCAUUUAAAAAUGAAAUGAAACUAAAUAAAUAAUGAAAACCAAACCAAGGAAGCGCGUCAGGAAGCAAACGAGUAACACACUGUGUUUUGACAGACGUCUCGGACAGUUUAGGAAGCAGACCUCAAAGAAAGGGUUGGAAAGAAGGAGAACAAAGCAAAGCCAGGACGAUUGCUGCUUCAUUUGACAACUCAGUCAUCUUAACGUUGAAGAUUGUCUUUAAUUUGUGCCUAUGCAGUUUUUUCAAAAGAACAAGGAACAGAGCAACCAAAACCUCAACAGCUACAAUACCAAAGAUGAGGAUUCUCAUUGUGCCGGUUCAUUCUCUCCUCUUGCACGACUAAGUGUGUGUAGCGCCAUUAUCUGUGUGCAGGUAACCACUUCUGUUUCUUUGCGCAACCACGAGGGUGGGUCCACUGAUGUUUUUCCUCUUCCUGCCUCACACGGGAUCUCUCCGAGAGCUGCAUGGGCUCCAAGCGCGAGAUGCUGGGAUACUCCGCUGGUACGUGUCCCUCUCCAGAGCCGCGCAGGGAAAACCUGUCGGCUGCCUAUGACUUGUUGUGUCAGGUAGAGUCGGUCUCUCGUAUGUCUAGAGCUUUGAACGCCCGUCAUUCUGUAUGUGAAAUGGGUUGAGUGACCUGCACCCUUCCUUCUGUUCCCCAGGGAUAAAACUUGCAGCGUGUGUACCGACCUGUGUCACUGUGCGCGCCGACACCCGGUCACCGCGCUCAGACCCACCCGAGCACAGCGGCACGGCUCCGUACUGCACGGGGGUCGCUUUGACGUACUAGACACAUUGUGUUGGUUCAUCCAAGUCGUGACCAUCCAAGUCACGAGGAUCCAAGUCGUGACACGUAGACCCAGGUCCAAAUUUACCUUCAGAGCUGGAGCGUGGUGGAAGCAUUCUGCUUCCAUCUCGACCUUUAACUGAGGGCUUCUUUUUAACUGCUUUGUGAAAUUGCUUCAGUCGUUUUCCAAUGCUUACACUCAAAGAACAUCGAAAAGCCUUGUCUGCUCGGGACAGGGAGGGUUUUGGAAAAGCAAACUGGGGCUCCUGGCAGCGGGGCUGACAGCACACACCUGCUCUGGGCAGCAGAGCACCCUUCCACAGACACCUCCAGGCAGGGCUGUGCGAUCCCAAAAUGCUCCAAAGCAAGCCCGUGGUCAGACCUGGACCAAAGCUGCCAGAAAGCGCUCAGCGCGGGGCUGGUGCGUGCCAGCACCUGUGUUUCAGAAAGGCUUUUCCAUCUGAAAACACCGCUGCAUUUUUUAUCCCUGCCUCUCAUGGCCCCGUGUCGUGUCUUCCCCGUUCGUCAGCUCGUCGGGUUCUGUGUAGCAGCUCUCGGCAGAGCAGUGUCCGUAGCAUAAACUGUGCGUAGAUGUAUUUGUAUGUACGGGUAUGAGCAGAAUACAUGCUGUAUUCUGCCCAUACUAAAAAACUCAGAUGUGUUACGUUUAUAUCGUUUAUAUACCAUAUAUUUAUGAAUCUAUAGAGCCGUGUAACGUACCCCGUUCCUUUUAUUUACUCUGCUACCAAAGACUCUGUACCGACAGUCUCCCAGCAUCUCCUGCAGCGUGUGCCUGGAGUCAGCACCCCGGGCACAGCGGGAUGGCUCAGCUCUCGAGGCGCCCGGGGCACCGAUCAGCCCCCGCGGGAGCAGAGCGGGCGCUCUGCGCUGGAAAAGCUCUGCUCUGGACCUCCGGCCUGCAGCGGAGCCCAAAGACGCGGAAAGGGCCGAACCAGCGAGCGCGGAGGAGGGGCCGGCGCCCCCCGCCACACGAGCCGCUCGGGCACCAGCAGGGGCUCCGCUUGUCACUGCACAUACCUAGUUCAGACAUGGGCAAACUUUAUAUUCGGCCUCCUUUAUACUUAUUAAGGGGAUUUUUGUGGUUUAAACUUUCUAAAAGGCAAAGCUUAAAGUGGUUUUAUUUUCGUUUUCCAGACACCUGUGGGUUUUAACCCAACAUAUUAUCUAUCAAUGAUGUCAUUUAUUUAAUUUAGUCCUAGAGCAGGUCCUGAAAUCUGCUUAGUCUAAAUCCCACUGAGUUUCAUUUUAGCUUUCAAAUUCAAUGGGAGUUCUGCCUGAGUACAGACUGAAGGAUCAGGCUCCAGUGUUAGUUGUUUGUAACUAUUUAAUUCAAUAAUUUAUGAAUUAAUUUGGAAUUAAUUUUGCUUAUUUGUCCGUUUUACUGUUGUAGCACAUCAGAGAUGUGAAGCCUGUGUUAGUCCGUACCCUUGAAAUGAGUAUUGCUUCACAGGGCAGCCAGGUUCUCUUACGGACGGGAGAACGAUAACGAGUUACAUCAAACUGGAGUCUAGUUUGAAUUUCUUAUUUGAAUUAAUUUUAAUUGUUUAAAUAGCAAAGUUUAAAUUAUUUAAGUUAAUCUCUUCCCAUCUGAUCAGAUAGGCGUACCUUUAUUACGGCACGUGAAGCCGUCAUAAUAUAACUUAUUUAUUUAACUUAUUGAUGGUAAUCCAAGGAUGCUCUUGUGUAGUUUUUAGUUUUAUUUAGAAUUACCUUUAAAGCACUGAAGCUGAUUUUCUGUCGGAACAACGGAGUGAACUUUGCGGACAAGCAAUGAGUGUUCAACCCAAAACUGCGCUCAGGAACAACAGGGAAAGAGACGCUGGGGUACUUUGCCUGAACUUCGUGGCUUCUGGAAACUUAAGCUGGGAAAAAGUAAUGCGUACGAAGCAAAAAGAGAGAAACCCUUCCAGGACACGAGCUGCUUCCGAGAAUGGACUGUGUGUAAAAAAAGGGAAAAAAGGAAAAAAAAAGAAAAAACCUUUGUAUUUCUAGUGAGAACCAAAGAGGCUACCUCACUGACCUUCCCAUUGCUGAUUUUAAUCGUCUCGAUGAUACCAAAGAUACCAAAGAGUUCUUUCUCUGUGCGGUCUGCAUCUUGCUUGUGCUCGUUUCCUGUCCCGUCCUGUCCCCAGACAGACCCCGAGACACCCACCGUGGAGCUGCCAGUCCCGGUGGCAUUCACCUGUGUCCCCUCUGCCAGUCCCGGUGACAUUCACCCCUUGUCCCCUCUGCCAGUCCCGGUGACAUUCUGUGUCCCCUCUGCCAGUCCUGGUGACAUUCACCCCUUGUCCCCUCUGCCAGUCCCGGUGACAUUCUGUGUCCCCUCUGCCAGUCCCGGUGACAUUUACCCUGUGUCCCCUCUGCCCGUCCCGGUGACAUUCUGUGUCCCCUCUGCCCGUCCCGGUGACAUUUACCCUGUGUCCCCUCUGCCCGUCCCGGUGACAUUCUGUGUCCCCUCUGCCCGUCCCGGUGACAUUCACGCCCUGUCCCCUCUGCCAGUCCCGGUGACAUUCUGUGUCCCCUCUCGCGUCCCUCCCCACACAGACCCGAUGGAGCGUUUGUGUCGAGCGGGGGCCGCUCGGGCCCCCAGCCGCUUCCCCAGCAUUUUGGUGGUGUUUGCAAUGGCAGUUUUCGUUCAAAAAUCGGUUAUUUGUUUUUCUCAAGUUGGUGAUGAAACAGCGACGUUGGGCUCCGUCAGUGUCAUGCUCCUUAGUGAUGACUCAAAAGUUGGUUGUUUUCCUGAAGAACUAGUAGUGCCCUGUAGCGUUUGUGUCCUUUAGCCCCUGUUAUCCCGUUUAUCCUCCCGAACCCCUGGGCACCCCUGCUGCCCCUCCUGCGCCUUCCCAGGCCUGGCCCACGCUGAGCUCAGCUCUUCUUUAGUCCUGCGGCAGAACACGCAGCGCGGCUGCGGGCGGCUGUGAGACAGGGAAAGAAAAGCCCGGUUCAGGUUUCAGGUGCGCGCUUGGGGCUGAGCCAAGAAGCUGCUUUAUAAAGCCUGCAACCCCGGCAUUUAACGCCGCUUCGGGCAGGUGAGCCCAGCCUGGGACGGGCCGGUCCCCGGGAACAGCGGCACCAGCAGCUCCACGCAAACGCUCCGCUGCGGUUCUGUGCUGCCUUUUCGUUUGUAUUUCUCCUUGGGUUUAAGUCUGUAUUGGAAAAGAUAGGGACUUGACAAGUGUGCUUUUUAUACCUAGAUAUAUAUAUUCCUUCACUAAAAAGCUAUAAUAAUUCUCAGGAUGCCUUCUGGGCGUGGAGGAGACGGCGUGUCCCCGCGGGGGAGCCGUGUCCCCCGCUGGCAGGGUCCCGCGGCCCCCAUCUGCGACACCGCCACGGGACGAGUGCCUUGCUUGAACCAAAGCAGUGACUUUGCCAGUCUAGACCUCUCUGUGCUUUUUAUUACUUCUUCCUGUGAAUACCUCAGCCUCACCCGGGCCGCCGGGCCGUACCGGUGGCGUUUUGUACUGUGGUGCUUUGCAACGCAGCCCUGCAAGGCACAGAACUCCUGAUAUACCAAAGGCUCUCCCCCUCCUCCUCCUCAUCUGCUCUUCCUCCCCUCUCUCCUUCUUCCCUUUCUCCCUGGUUCCAAAGCUUUAAUAUAAAACUGGGCAUGUUGGCAACGCAGACCGUGCAAUCCCUUACCGAAUUUUCUCAGAUAUACCUCAUAGAGAAUAGUUGUUUAGAGUAAUGUUAUUAUAGCGUAUGUAAUAAAUUAUUCACUGUUUCUUUUUGGUAACUGUGAUUUAAAAGAAAUAAAAAGCUUUAUAUGUUUUAGGUUGUGCUUUUGUAAUAGAUGGAAAAGGUGCGCUUAAAGAUGUACGUCAGUCUUUCUUCCCGUCGGGACUUUUGUUUAGUAAGGAUUGGGGAAAAGUUGCAGAAUGAGCCCAAAGUUUACAGUUUCCUAUUUUGCUGAAGAAACAAUCUGUGUUCAUUUGCUCUGUUGGAAAAAAAGAAAAAAAGAAGAAAAAAAAGAAAAAAGUAUUAUUUUCUACAUUUGUGCUACUUGGUCUGAACAGCUAAUUGUUCUGUGUGACGGUGUAGUAUUAUAAUUAGCAACUGCCAGUCGGCGCUACCAUUUGUAUGCAUGAGGCAAACCCUUGGCAGUGUGAUGCAUCGUGGUUCUUAAUGGCAACUUCUCUUUUUGGGUUUGAGAACGGGCCUUUUGGUUCGGUGGCGUUUGUUUGUGCAUGAGCCUGUUGUCUGUCAGCGGCCGUGGCAACGCGCGGUUCCGCCUCCUACGGGCCGGUACCGGUAGGAACUGGUAUUUAGAUCGGUUCUCGUCUCUCCGUGUUUAAACACAGACCCAGACUGGGUUCCAGUCUAACUGAACUGUUGUUGAGGAGAAGCCUGGCCCCGCCGAUCGGGUCCCGCUCGGUCCCUGCACACACGGAGCCAACUCCGCGUUUCUUCGCAGCGCAGGACUUGCUUUGGCUUUAUGGCAGCGCCGGGGCCAGACAGAUUAACGUGCUUUAUACCCCUUUCCUUUGUCCCUGUGUCACUGAGACCCCAGUUUACAGCACUGCAAAUGGUCUUUUAUCCCUGGGCCCAGCCUCAGGUUUUGCCGCGGCCCUGAGCGCGCCGGCCGUAAAGCCAAACCAGCCGCUGAACACGCGCUGUGGCGCGCGGGAGCGCGGCGUGGGGACGGCGGAGCUGGGGCCGCGGCUGCUGACCAGGCAUCUGAGGCAACGUCGGUAGUGUUUAUAUUGUCUGUCAUUAAGGGUAUAUUAGAGAUGUGCUUUCAUUAGUGCAAAGAAACAUGGUUUUAUUUGGCCUUAUACAGUAGAUUGUGAAAAUGAAAGCUUUGUAAUAUAGUCUGUUUAUUUUUGUUUUCUUAUUUAUCUGCCAAAGACCGUAACGGAUACGAGGAUUUUAAAUAGUUUGGGUUUUUUUGUAAGACAGUUAAUGAUUGUAAUAGUGUUUAAUCUUCCAGAAAGCUUUAUAUGUUCUUCCGCAAUAAGCAGACUCAGUAUUGUUUCGGAAGCCUCACUGGGCGAGCAGAGCCCGGUGGUGACACGGUGGUGACACUGACACGCGGUGGUGGUGACACCGACACGCGGUGGUGGUGACACUGACACGUGGUGGUGGUGGCACCCGUGCCGCUCAGCCCAAAGGCCACGCGGGCACGUGAGACGGUGGCAAUGACGGUCACUGCUGUGGCCAGCAGUAGAUGGUCCAGCUUGCUGAAAUUUGCCAAGGUACUUGUAUUAUGAAAUUUAAGGUAUAUUUUAUUAUGUCAUUUUAUGUCCUUUUUUAACUCUGUGGAAGGUGAUAUGUUGAACCGCGUGUAAGCUGAGUUUUUCAGACAAAUAAAGUAGCUAAAGAGUGAAUGUUAUUUUAUCAUUAAAGGGUUUUUACUCAAUGAUUUGUGCCAAUAGAUGUCCUUUAUCUUAAUGACGAGUAUUACAUUGCUUUCAGAUUUUUAUUUAUAGCUAUUGAUGUAAACCCCCCACACAUAUUAUUUGCCAAAAUUCAAUAAAGGAGGAAAACAAC